AUGAGUCCCAUUUUUUUUCACCAUUUCCAAAAUAAAUUGAACAAAAAAAAAAAAAAAACACUCAAAACCAUUACUACCAAUACCAUGUCAAGUACUUCAACUACUACAGAUAUUACUACGACUUGGAACAAAGAAGAGGAGAAAGCUUUUGAGAACGCCAUAGCCAUACACUGGAAGAACACUACGGAUCAAGAAGAGGAUGAAGAAUCGGAAGAGCAAUGGAAGAAGAUGGCUUCCAUGGUUCCCGCUAAAUCCAUUGAGGAGCUCAAACGACACUAUCGAAUGCUCCUCGACGACAUCACUGCCAUCCAAGAUGGUCGUAUCCCAGUUCCCAACUACAGUACGAUUCCAGGCUCUGACUCUUCUAAUAAGACAAUGAUGAGUAAGGAUAAUUCUCAUGAUGUUUCUAGCUCGGACAAUAAGAGAAUGAGUUCUUCUGGCCAUGGAAGUUCUGGCUUUUCAGGGCUUCAAGCUCAAGACUCUGGUGGCCAUGGCGGCAAAGGAAUAUCUAGAGCUGAACAAGAGCGGAGGAAAGGUAUACCCUGGACCGAAGAAGAGCACAGGUUAUUUCUAUUGGGUCUCGAUAAGUUUGGGAAAGGGGACUGGAGAAGCAUUUCAAGGAAUUUUGUAAUUUCAAGGACACCAACCCAAGUGGCCAGCCAUGCCCAAAAGUACUUUAUUCGGCUGAAUUCAGUGAAUAGAGAUAGGAGGAGAUCCAGUAUCCAUGACAUCACGAGCGUCGCCAAUGGGGAAGUUCCACCUCACCAGGCUCCAAUCACUGGAGUACAACACCCCAAUACCAACUCGCCAUCUGUACCAUCCAUUGGGGCGCCACCUGUCAAGCACCGUAACGGUCAGACCCACAUCCCCGGAAUGGGUAUGUACGGUGCACCAAUGGGGCACCCUGUGGCGGCAGUCCCCGGCCACAUGCCUUCGGCAGUAGGGACACCCGUCAUGCUUCCGCCUGGUGGCCACCACCAUCAUCCUCAUCCUCCUUAUGCUGUGCCUGUUGCGUAUCCUAUCGCACCACCAACAAUGCACCAAUAAUAUCUGUCAGACUGUUAAUUCAAAUUCCUAGUUUAUUAAUUUACUUGACUUAAUAUGUUUAAUAUUUUAUUGUUAGCAAAGUUGCUAACAAAAUUGUUCAAAACGAAAAAAUAAAACGAUGCUAACAAAACGAAAUAGGAGUAAAACCGAAGAGGAAAAGCAUAAAUAAAGAAUAGAUAGCAAAGAAGAUUGAAGGGGUA